AUGAAGUUUCAUUUGUCUCUCGCCACCACGCUCCUUCUGGCCACCGAAGGUCUAUCCAUCAGAACAUGCGGCAGCAAUCAUCCACCCACCGAGCUCAUUGAAAAGGCUAUUCUUUUCAGAGCAAUGAGCAAAUUCAAGCCCGGCCCAAACUCCAAACCAGUCGAAGAAGAUCCAGUUCCAAGAAAACAAGUGGUUCCGUUGCACAUUCAUAACGUUUUCAUAAAUGCGACUAGGGAUCAGGGAUACAUCACCCAUGAAGAUGUUCAAAACCAGUUCAAAGUUUUGAAUGAUAACUUCCUAUCUACUGGUGUUUCAUUCGAUCUUAAGACUGUGACCCAUACCGAAGAUAGAGCAUGGGCAAUGGCUAGUAGAGGCUCGACCGCUGAAAUAAACAUGAAGAAGACCUUGAGAAAAGGAGGGUAUGCCGACUUGAAUAUUUAUAUUCGCCCAUUGAGGAGCGGACUUUUGGGCUACUGCACGUUCCCCGAAGAUAUCGUCAAGGGCUCCGAUAAAUUCUUCCUCGACGGCUGCGACGUCCUCUUCUCAUCAGUCCCCGGCGGCUCUACAACUUACUACGAUGAAGGCAAAACAGCAACCCACGAGGUCGGCCAUUGGUUUGGGCUUUUCCAUACCUUCCAAGGUGGAUGCAGUGGUGGAGAUCUAGUCGAUGACACACCAGCAGAAGGGUCACCGACUAAUGGAUGUCCUAUCGGAAAGGAUACAUGUAAGGGAGAUCUGUAUCCUGGAUUGGAUCCUAUCCAUAACUAUAUGGAUUAUUCUUACGACGCGUGCAUGAAUGAGUUUACAGAUGGACAGAGGGUCAGACUAUAUCAAAUGUGGGAUCAAUACCGUCUUCAACAUGGUUCCACAAACAGAACUGUCACUCGCACCUCGAUGCAUUAA